CAGGUAUUCUCUACUAUUGAACAUUCUGAUUCAACUCCUGCUCUAUUACAUACCAAGCUUCUCUUCACUAACAUAACCUUUCGUUAUUAAAUGACUAUGGCUGGAAGAUCGGUGAACCAACAAGUCCGCCGGGAGGUCCGUCGACAGGUCCGACAGCAAAUCAAACGCUUCCGCAAGUCCAGUCGCCGUCAGAUGGUUAACAUUAUUCGACAUGAAGUUCGGCAACUUUUCAACUUACCCGGACGCGUUACUGCUAACGCUUCCACCACCACCGGUGUUGUCGCCGACGGUAGUGUUGUCGCCGAUGGUAGUGUUGUCACCCAUGGUAGUGUUGUCGCCGAUGAUAGUGUUGCACCUGUUCCUACUGCUCCGGCCAUUCCCGCCGUUGCUGGUGACGCCGAAUCUAGCAACUCUGGCCCAAGUGCCAAGACUCACUUAGACGCCAAUGGCCGGGUUAUCAAUCACCCCACCGCUCAUGGUGAGAUUACGGAUGACUUCCAGAAGUUUCGUUGCCUAAAGGAUGGUUGUGGUGCUGAGAUUAAAAAUGUUCAUCGGAACAUUCAAUCGCACUUGAGUAAAAUCCACAACGCAAGCUCAACACACCAAAUCAAGAGCAGUAAGAUGGUGCGACAUUGCAGUAUUUGCAAUAAGGAAACCCCGAGUUUCCAUGGUCUCGUAUGCCACAUCAGAGAUCAUCACAAGUUCAAGGGAAAUACCAGUGCCAUCUGGGCACAAUACGAGACGACGGAGGAUGGAGAUGUGAUUAACGUGGAAGGUCAAUCAAAGGAAGAUUAGGGACUUAUGGAUAUUCUUUGAGAGGAAUUAUGAAUCAUAUCUAGCUGUUGGGCUGUGAGCCCAUUAUGAAGAGACGAAUCUCACAAUGCAAUGGAAGCUAGAGUGAGAUAGGAAUGCGGUACUGCUCGGACGAUAUCGUCUAGCAAAAAUUGAUGAAUUUCACC